AUGAUGAAGUUUCCCAACCCAUUCUCAUUCCACCCGGGCCAGGUCACCUGGUGGACCACCUCCAUCUACCUCGCCAUCGUCAUCCCGCUGCUCUACGUCCAUGAAACGGUUCCCAGCCCGCCAGCAGGACGCGAUAUCCCAAAGGGCAUAAACUUGACAGAGGCGUGGUCUGACCUGCAGGCGGUGACGAAGACGUACCACCCGUACAACAGCCACGAGAACGAUGGUGUCCGAGAGUUCCUCAUCGACCGCUCGAAGGAGGUUUUGGGUCGCCAUGGGCUGGGGUAUACCGUUGAUCGAUCCGGCGGAGUAGUCUGGGAUCAAAGUCUCGGGCCUGCCGGUGAGGCAAAUGACAUCGACAAGGAGGCACGGCGCACUCGCGCCCGGAGACCUCCCGGUGCCACCAUCUUCGACGACCGCAUUUCCAACGUGACCUACACCUACAGUGCCAAGUCGGCCUCGGGCGGGCAAUAUUUCGAAGGCAACAACUUUUACGUCUACAUACAUGGCAAGGAGGACCCCGAGGGUGACUGGUGGCGGAGGGAGGAUCGACUCGAGGCCCUGGGAUCGUCCGGCGGAGUUCUCGUCAAUUGCCACUUCGACUCCGUCUCCACCGGCUAUGGCGCCACCGACGAUGGCAUGUCCUGCGUCUCGCUGCUCCAGCUGCUCAGCUAUUUCACCACCAAGGGGCGCCAGCCGAAGAACGGCAUCGUGCUCCUCUUCAACAACGCCGAGGAAGACGGCCUUCUGGGCGCGAACGCCUUUGGAUACAGUCCCUUGUUGAAAUUCUGCCAUACCUUUGUCAACCUCGAGGGAGCCGGCGCCGGCGGACGCGCCAUGCUUUUUCGCACGACGGAUCUUGAGACGGCUCAGGCGUACGGCCAGAGUCCCCACCCCUUCGGCUCCGUCGUAGCGGCCAACGCAUUUCAACGCGGCGUCAUCAAGAGCGGCACCGACUUCCAAGUCUUUGUCGACGUCUUUGGCCAGCGCGGCCUGGACAUUGCCUUUUACGAGCCGCGCACUCGCUACCACACGGAGGACGACGACGUCCGCCACACCUCUGUGAGCAGCAUUUGGCAUAUGCUGUCGGCGGCACUGGAAUCCACCCGACGUCUGUCCGAGACCAACGGCAUCGACUUCAGCGGUCCCCGCCUCGAUGGAAGGAAGGACUUGGUGCAAAACGGCCGACCGACCGAGGGUGUCUGGUUUGACUGGUUCGGCGGUGCUUGGACCGCAUUCCCUCUCCGAGGCUUGUUCGCUUGGUCUCUGACCCUGCUCAUCGCCACCCCGCUGGUUCUCGUCACCAUCGGCUACUUGCUGAUGCGCAACGACCGGUUCUACUUGUUCGCCAGAGAGGUGAAGAUGGAUUUGGAACCGAACGUGGACCCAGUCUCCUUGGGAGGCUGGAGGGGCUUCUUCCGGUUUCCAAUCGCCCUGACGUUUUCCACCUCUCUGACCAUUGGUUUUACCCAUCUCCUGGCCAAGUUCAAUCCACUCAUCGUCUCCAGCAGUGGUUACGCCGUGUGGGCAAUGGCAAUAUCGCUGUUCUACUUUACGUUCUGGCUCAUCAUGCGUGCCUCCGAUCUGCUCCGUCCCAGCGCUCUCCAGAGAGCAUUUGCUCUCUUCUGGUUGUUCAUCCUCUCGUGGGCCGUCCAGGUGCUUGCCGCCGUGGCCGAAGACCGGUUGCACGUUGGCGCCCUCUAUUUUGCCCCUUUCUUGCAUACGGCCGUUUUCUUAUCCUUGGUGAUAUCCAUGCUCGAGCUUUUUGCGUUGCCCGGGAAGCGCGAGUUUGCUGAGCGACUUGGAUAUGCCCGAACGGCUCCUGACGAUGCCGCUUCGAACCCGGGGGCAACGGUGAUUGACGAUGCAGCCACCGGGGUUGCCACAGAGCAGUCCACGGCAGUGGGAGCCAACCAGGCUGACGACGAUGCCGACGCCGCUACGGAGACGACCCCUUUGAGGGCCGGAGAGCAGGGCUAUGGAUCGAGCAGCCCGACGACGUUUGCCAGCACGUAUCGACGAUCCGUCGUGGCGGCCUCUCCGUCGGCACCCAGCUUGUGGACGGUGCCGCCGUACAAGCAUGAGCAAUCAUGGUCGGGCCGGCUGCCAUCCUGGACCUGGUUCGUACAGCUCCUUUUGCUCGCGCCGACGCACGUCAUCCUUCUGGGAAACCUGGGCCUUGUCCUGAUGACGUCGACGCAAGCGACGGCGGCGGAUGGAAGCAAUAUGCUGGUGCCGCUCGUGGGCGUCGCCGCCUUGAGCAUACUGCUCCUUCUUCCCCUGACUCCCUUUAUCCAUCGCGUCAGCCACCACAUCCCCCUCUUUCUCGCCUUUGUGUUCAUCGGCACCCUCGUGUACAACCUCGUUGCCUUUCCAUUCUCCGUCAACAACCGGUUCAAGUUUCGCUUUCAGCAGGUCGUCGACCUCGACGACGGAACCAACCUUGUCACGUUGACGGGGCUAGAGGCCUUUGUUCGACCCGUCAUCGCAUACCUUCCGGCUGCCUCGGGGCAGACCAUCGAGUGCCGUACCUCGGCGAUGGAGCGGCUCGUGGACUGCGCGUACGACGCUUCAUCCCUGCCGCCGCCCAACCUUGCCGACGACAAGGACUUGUCGCAGCUGGUAUCGGCCACGGCAACGAGAUCAGCGGACGGGAGGACUGCCAAGGUGCAGAUCGAAGCGUUGAACACGAGAACGUGCUACCUCGACGUCUCGUCGCCCGUCUACGACUUCUCCGUCGACGGUGGCGGCGCGAGAGACGACCGGUUCGGCUCCCUCCCCAAGGAUGGGUUCCGGCACCUUCAACUUUGGCGUCGAACGUGGGGCGGGAGGUGGAAUGUGACUCUGCAGCUGGUGAACGAGGCAAGAGACGAGCCGGUGAAGGCAAGAACCGCUUCCGACGAACGGUCCCACGAGGCAGGCCGACAAGCCAGCUCGCUUGAGGUAACGGUCCGAUGCGCCUGGGACGACGCAAACAAGGCGACCAACAUUCCGGCCCUGCACGAGGUGAUGAAGUACAUGCCCAGCUGGGCGACGGCGACGAAGAAGGGCGUCGGGCUCGUGCACGUGAAGAAGUCGUUUCGCGUACCGUCGGCAGUGGCGGACAAUGCGCAGAGACCGACCAUGAUCUCCUCGAUAUGGCAUCCGUCGACGCUGCGCAGCCCCCGUCGGCGCACGCUCGUCUACAUGAUCUGUGGCAACCCCGGCCUCAUCGGCUACUACACCGACUUUCUCGAGGCGCUGCGUGGCCUCGUCGACGACCACGAGGCCACGUCUGGCACCGCCUACGACAUGUACGGUCGAAACCUGCUCGGCUUCAGCGACGCCGAGCACGAACCCUUCGGCCAACCGUGGGACCUCGACGGGCAGGUGGAGGGCGUCUACGAGCACGUCGUGGCGAAGAGCCAGGACUGCGAUGACGGUCCGUACCACUCGGUCAUACUCGUCGGCCACUCCAUCGGCGCCUACAUGGCCGUCGACAUCUUCCGGCGCCACCUGGAGGACCCGUCGCGGGCGCCGCACCUCAAGCUCGACCACGGCUUUCUCCUCUUCCCGACGAUCGCCUCCAUCGGCCUAUCGUCGGCCGGGCGGCGGAUGCAGCUCCUGCGCCGCGUGCCGACGCUGGACGCCUUCGCCCACGCCUACGCCCGGCUCGCGCUCCUCCUCGUGCCCCGAGCGGCGCUCGGACGCAUCGUCGAGGUCCUCAUGGGCUUCUCGACCCAGGCGGCCGAGCUGACGGCCGAGUGGCUCAAGAGCCGCGACGGCGUGCGCCAGUCCGUCCACCUCGGCCUCUCGGAGCUCGACGUCGUCCGAGACGAGCCGUGGGCCGACGAGCUCUGGGCCUCGGGCCGCUUCUACGCCCUCUACGCCGACGAGGACCACUGGGUCGCCGACGAGGUGCGCGACGACUUUGUCAGGCGCAGGAGCGGCACCACGCACGUCGAGGUCGACGCCGGAGGCCUGAAGCAUGCCUUUUGCACCACCGAGCAUGGCAGCUGGGUCGUCGCGAAGCACGUCCUUGCGUGGAUCGAGGAUGCCGAGCGACGCAGGAAGUCGUGA